GAUUGCCUUGGCCCCCGCGCUGCCUGCAGUUGCGUGCUCGCGCCGGCUCUUAUAUGCACCACCCGCGCGCCCCUGCUUCCGGAUCCCUCUCCUCCAUUCUUCCUCGCAGCAGCCACCGGUACCUACCAGCCUUAUCUCUUCUCGAAGCUCAGCGCCUCGAUCAGCCUAGCCUAGGGUAUGAAGAUCCAGUGCGACUCGUGCGGGGUCGCGGCGGCGACGGUGGUGUGCUGCGCCGACGAGGCGGCGCUGUGCGGGCGCUGCGACGUCGAGGUCCACGCAGCCAACAGGCUGGCCAGCAAGCACCAGAGGCUUCCCCUGGACGCGCUCGGCGCCGGCAAGCUCCCGCGCUGCGACGUGUGCCAGGAGAAGGCGGCCUUCAUCUUCUGCGUCGAGGACAGGGCGCUCUUCUGCCGCGACUGCGACGAGCCCAUCCACGUCCCCGGGACGCUCUCCGGGAACCACCAGCGCUACCUCGCCACCGGCAUCCGCGUCGGCUUCGGCGGGCCCGUCUCCGCCUGCGCCGAUGCCGACCACGGCGCCAGCCACGAUGCCGACCACCACGCCCCGCCCAUGGCCCCCGCGGCCGAGCGCCCGCCGGCCCAGGCCCAGCAGGUUCCCUCGCCGCCGCAGUUCCUGCCGCAGGGCUGGGCCGUCGACGAGCUCCUGCAGUUCUCCGACUACGAGUCCAGCGAUAAGCUGCACAAGGAAUCGCCUCUCGGGUUCAAGGAGCUGGAGUGGUUCACCGCCGACAUGGAGCUGUUCCAAGACCAGACGCCCAAGGGCGGCAGGACGGCGAUAGAGGUCCCCGAGUUCCUCAACUCGCAGGCGGCGGACGACGCUGCCUACUACAGGCCGAGCAGGGGCGCCGCCACCGCCGUCGUGCGCCAGAGCAAGAAGGCCCGGAUCGAGAUCCCUGACGACGAGGAUUUCUUCAUUGUUCCUGAUCUUGGCUAAACAACACUCCUAGGAGUUGUACUUCCUCUUGUAAUUUUGCAGUGUUGUUGUAUACAGAGAGUUGUAUGACUGCGUACCUUUAGUUCUCAGCUGUGUUGUACAAAAGCUAGUGUUCUGUCCAACCUAUCAUGCUGUGUGCAUAUUGACGUAGCAGCAGCACUGCUGAACUGUGGCAUAAAUCAGAAAAUCACAAAGUUAUUGUGUUUGCUUCGACGCCAUC